CAGAAGUUAGCCUAGCAGACCAAGUAGCAUCCUCUUUCUGUUGUAUUGCACAGCCGCCAUGUCUGAUUAUACUGCGAUGCCACCACCGCCGCAAGGCAAUGCCGGGGCCCCGGUGGCUCAGCCGGCUCCUUCGGCUGUGAGAAAGGAUGCGUUUGCGGAUGCUGUCCAGCGAGCCCGACAGAUUGCAGCCAAAAUUGGAGGGGAUGCUGCAGCACAGCAACAACAACCACCACCACCACCGCCCAUGAAUAACACUACUCCUCCAGAGUAUGCUUUCGCUGGGCAGAAGAGACAGCUAGAAGAUGGAGGUUAUGUUGACAGGCGCUUGUUUCAUCUCUCAACAGAUCAGCCUGAGAGUAAAAAGAUGGCACCACAGGCAGACCCUAAUUCAGGGCAACAGCUUGCCCCAGUCCUUCAACAGAGGAAUACCGUGACAGAAGAGUACAGAGUACCAGAUGGAAUGGUGGGAAUGAACAGUGGAGGUAUGGCUGAAAGAAGCGUGUCCAUGCCAGGAAUUCAAGAAAAUGCUCAGAAAUCAAAAAUGAUGCUAGAUGACAUGGUAUCUCGGGGUCGAGGAGGCCCGCCAGGGCAAUUUCAUGAUAACACUACUGCUGCACAAAAUGGCUCAAUGCAAGAAAUCAUGAUUCCUCCAGGCAAAGCAGGGUUGAUUAUCGGCAAAGGAGGAGAAACCAUUAAGCAGUUGCAGGAACGGGCUGGAGUGAAAAUGAUCCUAAUUCAAGAUGGUAGUCAAGGUCCAAAUGCAGAAAAGCCACUCAGAAUCAUUGGUGAACCAUACAAAGUACAGCAAGCUUGCGAGAUGGUGAUGGAUCUUCUGAGAGAGCGCGAUCAAGGAGGCUUCGGAGACCGAAACGAAUACGGGUCAAGAGGCGGAGGUUUAGAUGUUCCUGUUCCCCGACAUUCAGUGGGUGUUGUCAUUGGUCGCAGUGGAGAGAUGAUCAAAAAAAUACAGAAUGAUGCUGGUGUGCGGAUCCAGUUUAAACCAGAUGAUGGAACUGGCCCUGAGAAGAUUGCACACAUUAUGGGCCCACCAGACAGGUGUGAACAUGCUGCACAUAUCAUUAAAGAGCUUCUACAAAGCUUACGGAGUGGUCCUUCUGGACCAGGUCCUGGAAUGCCACCUGGUGGACGAGGACGGGGGAGAGGACAAGGCAGUUGGGGUCCACCUGGAGGAGAGAUGACCUUCUCCAUCCCUACGCACAAGUGUGGCCUGGUCAUCGGGAGAGGUGGUGAGAAUGUAAAGGCGAUCAACCAACAAACGGGGGCAUUUGUUGAGAUAUCACGGCAACCCCCUCCCAAUGGAGACCCAAACUACAAACUGUUCAUCAUUCGUGGUGCACCUCAACAGAUCGACCAUGCCAAGCAGCUCAUCGAAGAGAAGAUAGAGGCUCCUCUUUGUCCAAUUGGGCCAGGCCCAGGAGGACCUGGGCCAGGUCCUGGCCCUGCUGGCCCAAUGGGACCUUAUAAUCCAGGACCUUUCAACCCAGGACCUCCAGGUGCUCCACCGCAUGCAGGACCACCACACCAGUAUCCUCCUCAGGGCUGGGGAAAUGCAUACCAGCACCAGCCUCAGCAUCACCAACAGCAUCAACAGUGGCAGCCACCUGCCCCCCACGACCCUACCAAACCUGCAGCAGAUCCCAAUGCAGCCUGGGCAGCAUAUUAUUCCCAUUACUACCAACAGCCUGCAGCACCAGCACCGGUACCAGUACCAGCACAGCAACCUGCUCCAGCUCCUGCACCAGCACCAGCUGAACAGCCCCAACCUGGGCAGGCCGGACAGCCUGACUAUACAAAGGCCUGGGAGGAAUACUACAAGAAACUGGGUCAAGGAGUCCAGCAGCCUGCAGUCCAGCAGGACUACACAAAAGCAUGGGAGGAGUAUUAUAAGAAACAAGCUCAAGUGGCCACUGCAGGAGCAGCAACAGCAGCAACUGUAACAGCAGCUGCUGCACCCCCACCACAGCCAGCAGCCCAACCAGACUACAGUGCAGCCUGGGCAGAGUAUUACAGGCAGCAGGCAGCAUAUUACGGCCAGACAGCAGCACCAGCAGGUGUUCAGCCACCUCCACAACAGGGACAGCCGGUUGGAAAUAUGCCGGUAAGCUAGUCUUGGCACAGUGAAAUGCAACUCGGAACUUGUCAUCUGGAAUCCUUUUAAUACACUGCUGUGGGCCAGCAAAAUGCCGACCUCUAGGAUUAGGAUCCGGUUGAGAAUAUUCUGACGAUGUAAAAUAUGUAAAGCCCUUUACAAAUAAAGAAACCUUCAUGAGCCAACUGAAGACCGUGAACUUUAAACUUGAUCUGAGUCCAGUCCACCUGAAAAAAAGUGCAUUUCAGGUUGACACUUUGUUAAUUUUUUUAAAUAAACUUUAGAAGUCACUCUGCUUUUAGUUAGGAGUUGGAACAUUCCUCGACCAAGGUGUUGGUGUCGAUCAUUUUCACUGCAGAAAGUGUAACUGGUCUGUCGUUUCGUCUGUUCAAGAUGAGAUUAAAACCAAGACAAGCUUGUAUGCUCGGUUUUUACUUUUUAUCGCUCGUUUUUAACUUCAAUAAAUAAUAUUAAAACUUCCCAGUGUCAGCGGAUGGAAUGUAUAGAAUGUAAUAUGCUGGGCCAUCAGUGAGAACCAUCCAUGUCACUGAGCAUCCACCCACAUUUGCUGCUCAUUGUAAUCAUUUUUGGUGAGAUUUAAAGUUUAUGUUGCUUGUACUGUGAUCCCCAAAUUUCAUAACCUGGUUAAAAUAAAAUGUAGAGUGAAUUUUGAAGUAUUACUCUGCUUGUGGAAACAUUUGAGUUAUGCUUCAGGAAGUGAGGGACUGUUUUCACCCUAUGUGGUUGUAUUAAAAUUUGAAAGUAGGAGCCUGUUAAAAGUAAUGUUUUUGGAAGGCGUUGUAUGGAGUUGGGUCCUAACUGCACAUUUUUCACAUGCAAACAGUAUUUAACUGCAAGGUAGAGUUGAUUACAGAUUGCAGUGGUAAAACAAAUUUUUACAGAUUAAAUAGCACUUCAUGCCAGUCAGUAAGCUCAUAAAAAUUCAUAGUGCACAUCCUAACUAGAUGGCUGUAAGGCAUCCUUAUCUGUACCAGAAUGUUAUGAUUGAAUCUUGGUAUGCACGAAAAUUACUUCAAGCGUAGAAUUGAUUUUACAGUACUGGGUGCUGCGUGAGAUGAAAAGGUAAGGAUCUAGUUCUAGGUAUUACAGGCUGGCAGAAUAGUCUGAAGCUGAAAUCCCCAAUGCAGUGAGUGUUACGAAGAGCAGGAAUGGUAAUGAAAAGCAGAGCUGUUGGCUUGCAGUGAGGAGUUCAAAGCUGUUGGAGGGAAAAAAAACACCUCCAUUCUAGUGGGUGCAGACCCCAGUCAACUGAUCCAUCCUGCAAAGUUACCAUCAUUGAUUAAUUGGUUUAUGAAGUUGGAGAGAUUACGUAGUUUCAGCAAUGUGCUGAACAUGGAAUUUCCUCAGAUAUCAAGGUAUGCACGCUCGUUCUCUGGAUUUUUAAACUAUCACUGCGACACAUCCACAAGUUAGUCCCUUGGUAAGUCUCUCCUCUGAAAAACUGCAAGCUUCCAGUUUACAUCACCCUGAUCUGUUUGAAGCAAGUUUGAACACCUGCCCUGCAUAGUUCACUGUCAACAAGGGUGUCUGAAGCGAGUACUGGUGUUUUUUGUAUUGUACCCCUUUCUCAGCUGCUUUACUGAGAAAUACCUAUUCAUACAUUUGACUAAGUGAAUAAAAAAUUCUCAAAUUAAA